CGACUCGGCGGCAUUCGAUUACCUCUGUCUGUGUAUGGCUAUGCAAUAGAGCGGUAUGGCGGGUCAGCCUCCUCCUCCUAAACCAUGGGAGACCCGGCGGGUCAUGGGGGGUCUCCCCUCCACCUCCUAUCAAUCAGCCGACUUAAGGGCGAAUAUCUUGACCAGACCUGGACAGCCAACUCUUAGCAGGGUACCACCUCCAGUACUUCCAAGACCAACUCAACAGACGAGAAGUAGUACUAUCAGCCAGUACCGGCCUGCAUACAGCUCUUUCUCACCUGGCUUUGGCAACUCAUAUGGCAGUUCAUUUUAUGGUAGCUAUAGCCCCUAUGGCUAUGGGGGUGGGAUAGGCUAUAAUCGGUUUCAAGCAGAUGAUGUGCCUCCAAGCAGGUUUGUUCGACAGGCUGAAGAAAGCAGCAGGGGUGCGUUCCAGUCCAUCGAAAGCAUUGUCCAUGCAUUCGCUUCUGUCAGUAUGAUGAUGGAUGCCACUUUUUCUGCUGUUUAUAACAGCUUUAGAGCAGUUCUCGAUGUGGCAAAUCACUUUUCCAGGAUGAAGAUACAUUUCACGAAUGUGUUUUCAGCUUUUGCACUAGUCAGGACAAUCCGCUUCCUUUACAGGCGUUUGCAGAGACUUUUGGGUCUCCGGAAAAAUUCAGAAACAGAAGAUUUAUGGACUGAGAGUGCAGGAACUGUGGCCCUGAGUGGCUCUGAGAAAAAUGUCACCGACUCUGCAAAGUCCUGGCCUAUUUUUUUGUUUUUUGCAGUUAUCCUUGGAGGCCCCUACCUCAUUUGGAAACUUUUGUCCAACUGUAAUGAAGUUGCUGAAAAUGAAAAUGUUAAUUGGGCUAGUGGAGAAGACGACCACGUUGUGGGAAGGGCAGAGUAUGACUUCACUGCAACUUCUGAUGAAGAGCUCUCUUUCCAUGCUGGAGAUCUUCUUAAUUUGGCUCCUAAAGAACAACAGCCUAAAAUAAGAGGUUGGCUUCUGGGUAGUCUGGAUGGACAGACAACUGGAUUUGUACCGACCAAUUACGUCAAAAUCCUUGGAAAAAGGAAAGGUAGAAAAUACACAGAGCCUGAAAAGAGUCAGGAGCCCCAGACCUUCUUGAAUACUUCAUCGACACAGGGAGCCACUGCAAUGGCAACACUAGAAGAGCAAGAGGCUGCCUUGGAAUCUGUUUUUGUAGAAACCAACAAGCCUGCACAUGAAUUUAACACAAAUGGAGCUCGUGGGGAAAUAUAUGAUCUAUAAGUUCUUUUACUGUCUGUAGACCAGAAAUACGUUGCAAAGCAGUGCUUUACUUGUUUUUUGGCAGCAAAUAUUCUAGUAAUUAUUUUUAAUAUUUUUCUUGUUUUUCUGCCUAUUAACUCCUUCAGUGCAAAGGUUUAGGCAAAUGCUAAAUCGUGACAGUUUGGUUAUGUUAUCUGUCUUGAAGGGGUUAGUGAUUUAACUGCUUAAAGGGACACUCCGGGUACCAUAACACCUUCACCCGAUUAAGUUGCUAUGGUGCAAGGAGGUCCUUGGACGCCGUCUGUUCUUUGGAAAUAAAAUAUUCAUUAAUAGCUUAACCUCCUAAGUCUUGAAGACAGCACCUUAUUGCCCUGUACUUCUGCCCUCUCUGAAGCCUCACUCACUUUUCUGAAUGAGGAGCUAGUGAUAGGCUGAGAGCUAUUAGCGGAACCUGCUACGAGUCUUUUUGAUUGAAGCCUCUGAUCCUUCAGAGGAAGUUGAUCACCAGAGCAAUCAAGCGCCGUCUUUCAGACUUUUGGGUUAAACCGUUCGUUAACAGUUUAAGCCCUUAAGAUAAGACGGCAUCCGGGACCUCCUCACACCAUAACCACUUCAUUGUAACUAUGUUGUUAUGGUGCCCAGAGUGGUCCUUUAAACGGUGCAUGUGUAGAUUAAAAAAUAUAAAGUUGACCUGUUGCCUCUGAACUUGUGAGAUCACGUAUGCAAAUUAGCUGCUGCACUGAAUCAUUUGCAUAUAUGGUUUAGUUGAUGUUAUUGUUGAGAUUGGGGCAAUCACCUUUAAAACCCAUUCUCCUCUUAUUUUGCUACUACAAUGUAUAGAUUUAUACUAAAAAAAACACUGGUUGAUUGGCUGUUGCACAUCUUACCUGUAAGUUUAAUUAAACUGAUAAAGGAAAA